CUCGAUACAUAUCAUCUUCAUAAAUUCAGAUAUCGCAAAAUGAGGAACAGUGAAGGUGACGCAGAUAACGAUGACAUUGAGGAUGAAUCCGAAGAAGAAUAUCCGAAUGAUGAGGUCAUUAAAGAGGAUGAGGGCGACCUUUAUAGGCAAUUUCAUUAUCUGUGCUCCACUGAUAAUGGACAUGUGAAUGAUGAUUACUACGAUGAUUAUGAUGAUCAUGACGAUGAUUAUGAUUAUUUUGAUAAUCGCAAUAAUGAUUAUUGUUAUAAUAGAUAUGGAGGUGGUAUGAAAAAAUCAAGAUGGUUCAAUGUUAAUAGUAAGGCAGUUACGGGCAACACAUUUCAGAAAUGUGGCCGCAACGUUUUUCCUAGCAAACAGGCACCAUCGAAAAGGUCUAACGGAUUUGAUCGACAUUUGAUUCUCAAUAAUCAAUGGGAACAGUGUAAAAAGUGUAAGAAUUAUGAGUAUUAUUGCAAAUGUAACGAUUCCGAAAAUGAAUACUCAGGAGACUAUUGUUAUGAUCGAUAUGGAGGUGAUAUGGAAAUAUCAAGAAGGUACAAUGCUAAUAGUAAGGAAAUGGGCAACAAGUUUCAGAAAUGUGGACGCAACGUUUAUCCUAGCAAACAGACACCAUCGAAAAGGUCUAGAGAUCAACACCUGGUUCUCAGUAGUCAAUUGAAGCAGUGUAAGAAGUGUAAGAAUCUUAAAUAUUAUUGCAAAUGUGACGAUUCCGGAAAUGAACGCUCGGAGGAAGGAAGUAACACCCGGUGUCGUCGUCGUCGCCGUCGUUGCCGUCGCCGUGAACAGUCAACAUCAAUAUCAAUAUCAAUAGAUUCUUUAUUGUCCACUUUUCAAACAGACAAACAAAGAAAAUUCAUAUUUAAAGUUUUCCCGUAAAUAACAUGGAAAAUAUGGAACAUUAACAAUAAAGAAAAUUUAAAAAAAAAAACAUUGAAAUCGAACACAUGUUCUGAAAACCAUAAUAAAUGAUCAUUAAUUUAGCUACAAUAUAUUAUAAUGUAGUAGAUAAUAUUGUAUUAUAGAGCUUGGUAUGAGCAUGAGCUCAGAUAGGCUUAAUUCCUCUCUCUACAAUAUCUCUCUCACUUUCCCUCCCCGCGUAUAUACUACAGUGACAAUGUGCGGACUAAAUGGCAAGUUAUAUUGGAAAGUAUAUUUUUUAACCUUCAUAUAAUUAUAGUACUUUCGUAUAGGAGGUGAAGUCGCAUGUUCAUGUAUUAUUUAGCCUUACUUUUAAGAAUACUUUGUCUUAGGGGCAUGAUAAUUAUGAUGAUAAUGAGAUUCAUGAUGUGUAUUGCGAUGAAUGUGAUAGGAAUGAUUUCUAAUGAUUUUUAACCACAGCUAGUAGGCGCAGGCCUAGUUUGCCACCCAAUGGAAUUACUGAACUAAAGCAUAAACAUCAAACAAAAAAAAAAUAGAAUCUGAAUAUUUUUGUUUUGGUUUAAUUU